CACGAACUCUGACUGGAAGUGACGUAUCAACGGAUAUUGCGUAUGCGGAAAGGAUUGUGUUGUCAGUCAUGUGAUGUGAUGUGCGCACUUAAAUCGAGAACUUUUCAUAAAAUCGGGCAACAUUAAGGCUACAGCAAACUACACAGCCUAGUUAAUUAAUAUGGCAGAUAACCUGAGGAGUUAUUUGUAUAAACAACUGCCAAGUGUUGAAGGCCUCCACGCAAUAGUGGUAACAGAUAGAGAUGGAGUCCCUGUGAUCAAAGUUGCCAAUGACAAUGCCCCUGAAUAUGCUCAGCGGCCGGCUUUCCUAUCUACCUUUGCCUUAGCUACAGACCAGGGCAGCAAACUGGGCUUAUCCAAAAAUAAAAGCAUAAUUUGCUACUAUAACACAUAUCAGAUUGUACAGUUUAACCGAUUACCCUUAGUGAUCAGUUUCAUCGCAAGUAGUAAUGCCAACACAGGUUUGAUCUUCAAUCUCGAGAAGGAGCUAGUACCUCUGAUUGAAGAACUAAGGCAGGUGGUGGAAGUAGCUUAGCAUCAGAGGACAAAAGAGACACACUCCCAUCCAUCACUGAUGUUGCACUUUUCCUUGUAGUUCUAGCUCAUAUAAAUACAGAUGUAGAUACAUAAUGUUGGCUGGCUGUUUAUGUUGGUUUUUUGAUGCUGUAUGUCUCUUAUGAAUGUAACCUUGUAAUUAAUACAUUUGUGUAAAGCUUUGGUUUACGAAAA